AUUCGCAAUGGCGACAUUGUUGUUGACAUGGCCAUGCCAAACGUCAAGUUUGCGUUAAUUUUGCAAAAAAACGCCUAAUUUGAAAUAAAAACCUCCUAAUGGUAGACUUAAGUUAGGUUUUAUUUACUUUGGAAUGGUUUAAGUGCGGUUUAUGACAAGCCUUAAAAUGGCUAGGAUUCGCUGGUUGACGAGGACCUCGCGCAUUGUGGCCCUCUGCAGUGCUGCCAAUUUUAUAAAUAGCGCGGAUAGGGUGAUUAUGCCCAUUGCUAUUGUACCAAUGACCGAUAUUUUUCAAUGGAGUUUACACGCCCAAGGCUGGAUUUUGUCGGCAUUUGCCUUCGGAUAUUUCACUAGUCAAAUAUUAGGCAGUUUUUGGGCGAGUAAAUUGGGCGCUAAAAACGUCCUAAUCUGCAGCGUUCUCUUAUGGAGCAUCGCCACAUUCAUCACCCCCUUUCUGGCCCACAGCAUUACAGCUUUAGUCAUUUGCCGAAUAAUUCUCGGUUUUGCUGAAGGACUAGGUCUUCCAACAAUUUUCCAUCUAUUCGCCCACAGCAUACCAGUUGAGGAACGUUCGCGUGCUUUCAGUUAUCUGCUAGCUUCAGGCUCAGUUGGCCAAACUGUGGCUUCAGUCCUGUGCCCCCACUUAUCCUGGGAGGCUUGUUUCUACUGGUUCGGCUCAUUUGGCUUUGUUUGGGUGGUUUUGUGGUACUUUACCUACCCAGAGGACGCUUUCAGUGCCGAGGAAACCAUACCAUUGCAUAUGCCCAAAGUGAUAUCACGUAAUAUCAGAUGGGCCGAUUUUAUUUUAAGCAAACCAUUAUGGGCCAUUUACUUGGCGCAUUUUGCCAUGAACUGGUCGUCUUACAUCAUAAUGCAGUGGCUGCCCACUUAUCUGGCGCGCUAUUUGGGGGGCAAUGCCCACAGUUUGAGCCUAACGGCAGUGCCGUACGUUGUUAAUUCGGUCUUUGGGGUGAUAAGUGGGCACGUGGCUGAUGGGCUACUACUCAAAGGUUGGUCAGUGCUGAAUGUCCGUCGGUUGAUGACCAGUGUGGGGCUCGUGGGGCCCGCGCUCUUUUUGGCCAUUUUCUGUGUCGUGGACCAUUUGCCGUUUGCCGUCAUUCUGGUGAGCAUCUCGAUGGGGCUGUCGGCCAGCAAUUCGGCCGGACAUUUGAGUAAUCACGUGGAUGUGGCCCCCAAUUAUGCCGGGACCACGUUUGCGAUUAGUAAUACGAUUGCCACGAUUCCGGGCAUUUUGUGCGGGCCAGUGACUGCGUCCCUGGUCACGGCCUCAGAUGGCAAGUGGAUGAGCGUCUUUCUGGGGGCCACGUUUGUCAAUCUCAUGGGGGCGUUCGUCUAUUUCACGAAUAGCGUGGCCACGCAGGUCUUGUGAAUAUUGUAUAUAUUUGUGUAGAUUAAUAAAAGAAUACCAAACUUGG